AUGAACCAAGAAAAUACAACAAAUGAGAUCAUUUCACAUACCAAAGAUGACUUAUAUGACUCUAAUGAAUCUCAUAUAGUACUCGGUAACAAAUUGGAUCAGAAUAUGACUGGUGGAAUUGUUGGAACAGAUAGUUCCCAAUUAACCGAAUCCAAUUUGGAAUCCCAUAUAGUCGAUUCGGGUUCAAAUGAAGCAUCAACUGAAAAUGACGAUAAGAAAGAGAAUUUAAAAGAAGUUGACAGUAAGGGCUCAAGUAGCAAUACAGAAAAUUCUGAAGGAAGUGAUGAUGAUUCUGAGUCAGAUGACGAUGACGAUGACGAUGACGAUGACGAUGACGAUGACGAUGACGAUGACGAUGACGAUGACGAUGACGAUGACGAUGAUGAUGAAGAACCCCCAUUAUUGACCUACUCUCGAAUCAAACAAUUACCAAUUAAAUUGUUUCAAAGGGAUACUAUUUCUGCAUGUAAUUUCCAUGAUUCUAUAUUCAUAUUUGGUACUCAUUCAGGUAUGUUAUAUUUUACUACACCUCAUUUCAAAAUGAUAGAUACUUUGAAAUGUCACAGAUCGUCCAUUCUGUCUAUUUAUACAGAUGGUGUAAGUUUCGCAACAGCUUCUAUUGACGGAACAAUAGUAACAGGUUUAGUUAAUAACAUCAAAUCAGAAAGUCUUAUUGCAUAUGAUUUCAAGAGACCAAUUAAUUCCGUUAUAUUAGAUACGGAUUUUGUAACAAACAAGACUUUCGUAUCCGGUGGAAUGGCAGGUGAACUAAUACUUUCCCAACGAAAUUGGCUGGGUAAUAAAACAGAUAUUGUAAUAUCUAAAGGAGAUGGUCCAAUUUUGUCUAUAAAUAAAACUGAAGAUAUAAUUUUUUGGUUUACAUCUAGUGGGAUCCACUUUUUUGACAAGAUUACCAGGACAUCAUUAUUACGUGUAGAAUUACCUGAACUGGAUCAAAAUAACAACCCUUUCGAAAUAUUUAAACCUCAUGUUCAUAUUCCCGAAAGAGAUAGAAUUAUUAUUGGCUGGAUGGACAAUAUAUGGAUAUUUAAAAUUUCGGUAGCUACAAAAAAUAGCCAAGAUGGCUUUAUUCACGGCAAUGUUGGAUCUAUUAUCUCAAGUGCGGCAUCAAGUUUUAAAGGAAUACCAGAUAAGGAUGUAAGUAUAGAACAUCACUUUACUAUCCCAUUGUUAAUAGCUGGUAUUGCAUCCUUCAAAGAUGAUCAGCUACUUUGUUUAGGUUAUGAAAAACAAUUUGAUGAUAAAAAUGAAUUACAAUUGAAACAUUUACCACCUCAAUUACAAAUUUUUAACCUAAUUGAUGGAAGUGAGAUAUAUAAUGAUGAAAUUGUAUGUAAAGAUUAUGAAAAAUUAUCACUCAGUGACUACCAUCUUGGGAAACAUAUUCAUGAAAAUGGUGAUAGCCCAUCGGAAUACUAUCUCAUUUGUACAUCUGACGCUAUUAAAAUCCAACAAUUAACAUUAAUGGAUCAUUAUAAUUGGUUCAUCAGUAAGGAACAUUUUUAUAGGGCGUGGAAUAUCGCUCAAUAUGUGGUUGAUGAUGUUGAACGAGCAAAAGUCGGUAUUAAGUAUGUUGAACAUUUGUUAAAAGAACAAGAAUGGGAUGAAGUUGGUCCUACAAUGAUUAAAAUUUUCAACGGUUUAGAAGUAGAAAGAGAAAAUGCGAAUUCAAAUGAUCUUAAUGAAAUAUUUAAUAAAGAAUGGUUUAAGGUGAUUAAUAUAUAUAUGGAUGAAGAUAAACUAUCGCAAAUUGCCGAUUUUAUUCCUCUUACGUUGGAUUGUUCAAAUGCUGUGUAUGAUUUUAUUCUAAAUUAUACACUUGAUAAACAUGAAACUUCUAUGUUUAGCAAAUUCAUACAGCAUUGGCCUGUAAAAAUAUUUGAUUCUAAAGGUAUAGAAGGAAGACUAAAAAUGUUGCAAUCCAAAAACGAAGAUUUUAAAAUAUUUUAUGUGAACCAAUUGAUAUACCUUUACUUGAAAACCCAGAAGUACUCCCAAGCUAUCCCAUUUAUGAUAAAUAUUAAAGAUCCUAAAACGUUGCGUAUUCUGCAAAAUGAACCUCAGCUUUUACCACAGGUCACGGAUAGACUGAUGGAAAUAAUACUGAUCCCGGCGUUUAACAACUCGAAACUAAGAAAUGCCAUUAUUAAUGAUUUAUCAAUCCCUGAGUUAGAACAGACAUUCUGGGAACCGAUCUUAUUGAUAGUCCAAAAUAGGAAAGUUAUAUCCUUGAAAACUGUAAUAGAACAGUUCAAGGAUUAUUCUAAAGAGCAUGAGAAUGUUGAUAAAUUAUUACUAUGCAUAUUACUAAGAAUUGACAGCACCGAACCUGAUUUAUUGAAAAUCUAUGAAAAUGAAAUGAUAGACCUUUUUUCUAGAUUUGAUAAGAAACCUCUUUUAAACUUUUUGAAAAACAAGACGCAUUAUGAUAUUGAAAAGGCUAUUGAGUUAUGCUCGACUCAAGACGGGUUAUAUUCUGAACUAAUUUAUCUUUGGGGAAGAAUCGGUGAAACCAAGAAAGCUUUAUCUAUUAUUGUUAAUAAAUUAAAUGACCCUUCAUUGGCAAUAGAAUAUAUCAUAAGUUGGGGAGAUACUGAACUGUGGGAUUUCUUAAUAGAAUAUACAAUGAACAAAUCUAAUUUUGUUGAAAAGCUUUUGAAUUCCUACAGCUUCAUUGGGGACAAAUACAUUAAUGUAGUAGCAGGUAUAGACGAUGAACAACCUAUUGGAGAGAUUGCAACGCCAAUUAUUAACACAUUAUUAGAAGUUAAAAGAAGUUAUCAGGUUAAUGAAAAUGUGUUGAAGAUAGUUGACGGUGAAACCUCCAAAUAUGCGAUUGACCUCCUCAAACUGCGAACCCAAGGGAAAUUACAUGAUCCUAAUUCAAAAUCUUCAUUUGUAUAA